CUUUUAAACAGUGGCUCAACUCAAGGCUAUGGCAUUCGUUUAUCCUGAUUGAGCAGAGGUGUGACAUUAGGAAGAGAGAGAAAUUGAGGCGUUGGAUCUUCGAUCUCCAUCAAUUCUUCAACUGUUUGAUCCGAAAAAUCUUGUUCUACUCUUCAUUUGAGCGUAUAUCUUCCUGAUUGUUCGAAUCCCUAUGAUCUAAAUCGAUCUAGGGCUCAAGUCCUUGUGUGGAAAACUCUUCUCUUUCAUCAGAUUGAGCAGCAGCAAUGGUGAAUCGAUUUAUCUAGGGCUUCGAGUGCGGUGUUAGUGUCUCUGAUCAUGUACGGGACAAGCAAGUGGCGUUGGAUGUGGAUCGUUGGAAACAGUGAGCAGAAGCUCAACGAUGAAGAGAUGCCGAUCUGCUCUCUCUUCGAUCAGAUCUGUUCUCUCUCUCUCUCUCUCUCCCCGAUCUGCUAACAUGGGGAAAUCCAAAGUUCAAUUUUCACAAGUAUAUGAUCCGUGCUUUGGAAGAUGAUUUUAAGAAAGUCGUUGGUAUAAGUUGGUAUUUAUGGAUAUUUGUGGUCUCCUUCUUGUUGUUGAACGUUAAUGACAUGAGAAAGCCAAAGCUGGCCGCUGAAAUUGCAAAGCAGCUUCGUAGAUUCCAUCAGGUGGAAAUUCCAGGCUUCAGAGAACCUCAACUAUGGAAUGAAGUUUUUAAGUUCUUUAAGAAAGCAUCCACUCUAAAAUUUGAUGAUAGCGAGAAGCAGAGGAAGUAUGAGACAAUUUCAUUUGAAGAAGUUGAAGCUGAGGUUGUUAAGCUCAAGGUAUUCACUCUUCUCAUGACUUGCUUGUAAUUGGCGUAAUACUAUCUGUUGUCUUUCUUUUCUAAUUUAGGGAUGGGAAUAUGAAUCUCUCUCCUGAUAUGCUGUUUCAGGAUUUUAGCUACGGUUCAUUGUGUGAAAUAUUUUUUUAUGUUCCUUUCUGUCACAUUAUAGAAAUUUGACUUUGCCUUUUUGAGGCAUCUGUUUAACUUGGUGGGAGGAUUUUGUUUACUCGUCUUUAGAUAUGUUAUGUGUGGUUUAGUGAUAGAAGGUCCAAGGUGCAGGAAACUAGACCAACAGAAGAUAAGAUAAACAAAAUUAAAUAUUGCUUAGAAGUAGAUGCGCAUUCACUCAAAUGAUGUAUCGAUAGAUAUUGAGCUUAAGAAGUUGCCAAUUGGUGAUUUAAGUAAUUGGAGCAAAACACACCAUAUGUGCCAAACCUUGAAUUAGAUUACUUGGCUUCAUUUCCCCCUUUUUUCUUUUCCUUAGGCUGAUACAUUUUUUUGGCUCUAAAAUAUUUUGUAGUUGACAUUUUUAUUGUGAAGGGUCAUUUCAGUCAACGUUUUAGUUUCUCCUGAAAACUUGCAUCUUGAAACAACAUGGAAAAGAGUUCUCAAAUCACUCUGGUGUUAGGAUGAAGACAAUUUUCCUUUCUUUCUUGGCUAGCUUCAGAAGUUCUUUUUUGGUUUGCGAUAAUCAUAUGCUGAUUUUAUGUUGAGUGCUCUUGAGUGUU